AUGGAUAAAAAGGGCGAACCUAGACCCGAUGUUCCGAACCCCCCCAAUGCCAAUAUUAUUCCUAGUUGUCAAAUGUGGGAUAUUUGUCCAUUCUCGUCGUGGUUCUUUGUCAUUGUGCACACGCCACCUCGGAUCUUCACUACGCUAAGUCCAAUCCCAACUACAGUUCUAGUCUACUUGGAUGGUGAUAUCUCGUAUCCGGCGUCCCUAGCCGCACUCCGUCUCUACUGGGCUCCAGAGUCCCCACAAACAGACCUUGGUCAGAUCGACUACCAUAGCCACACCAAGGUUUGA